AUGAAACUGAUCACCAACGAGAUUGGCAUGAAUUUUGAGCACAUAUGGCAGAAGACGUUGACAGUGCUGAACCCUAUGAUCCCAGCAGAUGGCAGCAUCAUGAAUGAGACCGACCUAACCCUAUUCUGUUCUGCAGGAAAAUCCCACUUUGGCUAUGUCUAUGGGAUCAGUACCAUCGGCUGUAUGAUGAUUUACACCCUGUUGACCCUGAUGGGUUCCCUGACUGUGUCCUAUGGCUGUGUAGCCAGCAUGCUGGGCUACCGCCUCCUCCCCACUGUGGCACUAUCUGCAUUUGCAGUCGUCUUUCCCCUACAAGGGAUCAUCGGAACGACCCUGGCCUUGCUGGUGAUUGGCUGGUGCAGUCUCUCAGCUUCCAAGAUCUUCAUCUCCACCCUGGCUAUGGAGGGUCAGCAGCUGUUGGUAGCGUACCCCUGUGCCCUGCUCUAUGGAGUCUUUGCCUUGCUAACAGUGUUCUGA